ACAAAGCGCUAAUUGUAUAUAUAAUUCAUAUCCGACCAACUUUUGUGAUGUUGCGCGUAGACUUCAGCGUAUCAUGUAGCAUAGCCAAUUCAUUUUCAGUAAGCAAUUAACCGCUAACCGAUAUUACUCAGCAACAUAAAUGCUGGUACAUUCUCAUUAUAAAAGCCAUUCCAUUUGUAGUCUUUGUGUCAGAAGGUCAACAGGCAGCCAAAAGAUGUUCCACUCGGACUUAGUUAUUAAUGGAUAUUUUCAAUUACAAAAACACACUUUUCAACGACUCGGAAUAGAUAUGACGACGAGAAAUGCAUCCAUAACGCAUAUAUAUUUUUUAGCACUACAAAUUGUUGCUUUGGUCACUAUCACUAUGCCAAUGGUCAUUUAUAGUUGUCAACAUUUGCAAGAGAUUGCCGAAGUGACCAAUGCAAUGGCGCCCUUUAUGCAAGCGACUAUAACGCUUUGGAAGAUCUGGCGUGUUAUUUACCGGCGUAAGAUGAUGGCGGAGUUAGUGGAAGAUAUUUACUCGGUGUCUACAAAAGCUACAAAGCAGGAGUUGACUCAUCUAAGACGAGAGAAUAAUCGUGAGCGUAUUAUGAAUACCUUUUAUUAUUAUUCGGUGUUCAACACUGGCGUGUUGGCGCUCAUAGCACCGGUGUUGGUUAGCUUCAUACAAUACCUGCGUCUCGGUGAAUUUAGCUAUAUUGUGGUGCUGAAAGCGACUUAUCCUAUAGAAUUAGCGCGCCCGCUAAAUUACGUCCUCAUCUGGCUUUGGUCUGCUAUAGCGAUUUAUGGCGUUAUUUAUGGUUCGGUCUCUGUAGAUAGUCUCUACUCCUGGUAUAUACAUAAUUUGGUGGGCAAUUUUAAAAUACUGCAGACGAAGUUUGUCACAGCUGAGCUAAUUGCAGAAGUGAGUGAACGACGUGCCUCGAUUUACUAUUGCCUCGGCUAUCAUCAGCGUCUCAUAACCAUGUCCGAACAGCUGAAUAUUAUUUAUCAACCAAUAGUUUUGGUGCAAUUUUCAUUAAAUGCUUUACAAAUAUGUUUUCUGGCUUAUCAAAUUGGUAGCGGCGAUGUGGCAGUGGUCGAUUUACCAUUUUUGUUCCUAUUCAUGACGUCGGUUGGCAUCCAAUUGAUGAUCUAUUGUUAUGGUGGACAGUAUUUGCAGAAUGAGAGUGAAAACGUUGCAAAGUUUAUUUCUCAAACAAUCAAUUCAACAAUUUGGCCAAUUGACUUGCGCAAAGUACUGUUAUUCUCAAUGGCGCGCGCUCAACGACCUUGUAAAUUGACUGGAAUAUUUUUCGAUGUAGACUUGCGCCUAUUUUUAUGGGUUUGGCGCACUGCAGGUUCGUAUGUGACGCUCUUACGCAGCGUAGAUCAGCAAUCUUCGUAG